AUGAGUUUGCGUACCGUUUCAUCAAAGUUUACUCAAAGAGUUGCACUAGCUAACACUAUUUCACGUACUAGUAUGUGUACAGGUGUCCGUUGCAUGUCUACCCCUACACAAGCACCACAAGAACCAAAAGCAAAGGCUCAAUCUAUUAUCGAUGCCAUGCCUGGUAACAGUGUUUUAUCCAAGACCGGUAUUUUAGGUACAUCUGCAGCUGCUGCCGUCUAUGCUAUCUCUAAUGAACUUUAUGUUAUUAAUGAAGAAUCUAUUUUACUCUUAACUUUCCUAGGUGUCGUUGGUAUUCUGGGUAAGUUCGUCGCUCCAUUUUAUAACACCUGGGCAGAUGCAAGACUAAAGAAGGUUUCUGGAAUCUUAAAUGCCUCUAGAGAAAGACAUGUCGAUGCUGUUAAACAAAGAAUUGAUUCCGUUUCCCAACUACAAAAUGUUUCUGAAACUACUAAAGUUCUUUUCGAUGUUUCCAAAGAAACUGUUGAACUAGAGGCCAAGGCAUUCGAACUAAAACAAAAGGUCGAAUUGGCUCAACAUGCAAAGUCUGUCUUAGAUUCGUGGGUUAGAUAUGAAGCAUCCUUACGCCAAUUACAACAACAAAAGAUUGCUGAAACCAUUAUUAGUAAGGUAAACUCUGAAUUAAGUAAUCCAAAGUUUCAAGAAAAGGUUUUACAACAAUCCGUCGCAGAUGUCGAAAAAUUAUUUGCUAGUCUAAAAUAA